GAGACACCUGCGCCGCGGAUCGCUUCAUUUCCCAAAGAAUGAGCACAUGUCGCUGGUGCACACCCAGUGGUUCUGAUGCCACCGAGUUCCUGAAGAGCUAUGCGUCUAAGCGGCUGUCCCAGGAAGAACUGGAAGGAUCCAACGAUGAUCUCUGCUACUGCCUGGAGUGCGUGGUUGAAUACCACAGAGCGAGGGAGAAAUUGCCAGGCUUGCACGAGGUCCUAUGGGAGUUGGAAACUUCCCGUCUCAUUGCCCGCAUUGAGAAAUCCAUGAAAGAAGAAGUUGGAGAGGAUGAUGAAUUGUUUAUAGUGGAUGAGAAUGGGGACACGCAGCUGUCUGGUUACGUAGGCCCAGAUUUUGAGAAUAACUUGCGAGUGCCCCUUCUAGAAAUACUGAAGUAUCCCUAUCUGCUACUGCAUGAGAAAGUCAGUGAGCUUUGUGUAGAAGUGCUCUGUAGAAUGGAACAAGGUCAAAACUCCUUUCAGGUCUUUGAGAAAUAUCCAGGAAUUUAUGUCUUCUUGGUGCACCCAAAUGAAGUGAUUCGUCGAUGGGCCAUUCUAACAGCAAGGAACUUGGGAAAGGUGGACAGGGAUGAUUACUAUGACUUGCAGGAAGUGCUGACAUGCUUGUUUAAAGUUAUUGAGUUGGGGCUUUUUGACAGCCCAGAUAUUUAUAGUUCUUCAGUGAUUGAAAAGGGUAAACUCAUUCUGCUGCCAUCUCAUUUAUACGAUACUACCAACUACAAGAACUAUUGGUUAGGUAUUUGUAUGUUGUUAACAGUGCUGGAAGAGCAAGCUUUGGAUUCCUUGUUGCUGGGUCCGGACAAACAGAAUGACUUCAUGCAGUCUAUACUUCACACCAUGGAGAAAGAAGCAGAUGAUGAUUCUACUGACCCCUUCUGGCCAGCACUGCAUUGUUUCAUGGUCAUUUUGGAUCAGCUCGGAUCUAAAGUCUGGGGUCAACUUAUUGAUCCCAUCCAAGCCUUUCAAACCAUUAUCAACAGUGUGAGCUACAACAAUGAAAUAAGAAAUAUACGGGAUAGCUUUAAGAGGACUAAAUGUGAGCCACAGUCAGAUGAUGAUGAUGAAAUGGUUACUUGCAGUCAGAUUGUGUAUAAUUACAAUACAGAAAAGCCCCCAAAGGACACAGGAUGGAAAACUGCUAUUUGUCCGGACUAUUGCCCCAACAUGUAUGAAGAAAUGCAAACGCUGGCUAACCUGCUGCAGUCUGAUAUCGGCAGGGAUAUGCGUGUGCAUCACAGCACAUUUCUGUGGUUCAUCCCUUUUGUUCAAUCACUUAUGGACCUCAAGAAUUUGGGUGUGGAAUAUAUAGUAGAAGUCAUUCACUACCUCUGCUCAGAAAUCCGGGAUAUUCUCAAUGAAAAAAUCCAGCAGCGUGACAAAGUCUCUGAAUUUUUCGUCCUGAUCUUAGUGUCGAUUAUCGAGCUUCACAGAAAUAAGAAAUGCCUGCAUUUGCUAUGGGUUAGCUCACAAGAAUGGGUAGAAGCAGUGGUGAAGUGUGCCAAGCUCCCAGCCAUAGCAUUUUCACGGUGCGCUGAAAAAGCGUCCGGAAACUAUCUGAGAGGUUCCUCAUCAUCAUCUUCACAGACUGCUAACUCUGUGCAACACGCUUGCGUGCAGUUAAUACGCAGCCUUCUUAGAGAAGGUUAUCAAAUUGGGCAGAAUACUCUAUGCAAGAAAUACCUAGACCAGCUUAAUCUUCUUCUGCGUGGCAGUCUAUCCCUAGGUUGGCAGCUGAGCAUGCAGGAAACCCAGGAAUUACAGUUGUGCUUAAAGAAGGUUAUAAGAAAUAUAAAGGUCAGGGCAAUGAAUACCUCUGUGCCUGCAGAAACCAGUGCAAGCUCUCCAACUUUGCCCCCUGUUUGUGUAAAACAAGAGAAGAGGACACACGAUGAUGAAUGUAAGAUGACUAUAUCUAGCAGGGAUGAACUUUGUUCGCCUUUUGUAUCAAAAGGAGUCAGAGAUGGAGGUUGUCAGGAGAACCCUUUCCCUAGAAGAAAUGAUGCUUGGGACGAGGAAGGCAGAGAUGCAUCUAAAUCAACAAGAUAUAUCACUGAAAGGCCUCUUGGGGAUACGUAUAUUAAAAAGGAACCAGUUGAAAUGGCAGCACAGGAAUAUGAAUGCCCGCAGAACUCUUUGACAACAAAAAUUUGGGGGGAAGUUCAGAAAAAUAUGGACGAUCACCUCGUGUCAGGCAGUAGCAAUAAGAGUAGUUGGUUCUGUUCUGAUUUUCAAAGAAGUGGAGAGCUGGAAAGUAAAUACGAAAUACAGCCCAUAACGCCAAAGCACCUGGUUGCUCAGACUUCCAUUGAUUCUCCAGAACGUGCUUGUAACUCGGAUGAGAAGGAAAGCAACGUGUCUCCUAACUCUUCCUCCAAAUUUAAAAUAGAUGCAGACAGACUCAUGGAUGUAAAACAGAAGAUGAUGAGAACUGAUUGGACCUCAAAACUAUCGCAUCUAGUGAAGCAAUCUGACUUGCAGAACAGUUGUAUGGCAGCAAAUGCUUCAAAAGCUGAAGCAGACCAACUUCAGCAGUGCUCUGACAGUGCAGGCACGAGCAGAGGUUGUUAUGGACAGCAGGGAGCGAGUACUGUGUGUGAAAAUGCAGUCUCUGUUAUUUGUCACGCUUCCAGAAGCUUUGAAAGCAAGCAGGAGAAAAACAUGCCCAGUAUUUUUCAAUCCAGAUUGACCUCCAUUAAACAAGAGUCAAAAGAGAUACUCAUAGAUUGCUCUCACUCCUCUAAAAAUGAACCUGCUUUGCAGGACAGUGAAGAUGACCUUUUUUCAGGGAUCAGUAGGAAUUUAAUGAAACAAGGAUCCAGAGAGGAAAGAUCAAGUUCAUUGUUGAAGACUGUAUUGAAGAAAAAUCUUAAUGUGCAAUCUGCAGACCAGGAACAGCCUAAUUUAAGCAGCUUUAUUAAAGAGGACUAUAAAGGUCAAAAUUUCAGAACGUUCCAUGUAGAUAAAACUUCAGCAAAUGGCCAUGUUCCAUCUAGCUGUGAAGAUAAGGGUGAUGUAUCUAACAGUGCUUUUCAGAUCAUUCCACUUUCUAUGAAGUGUGAAUCGAGUGAUGGAUCAUUAGUUUCAAAAUAUUUCAAGAAAGAAAACAAUUCCGUGGGGAAAAGUGAGGAUUUUAUGAGGAUGGCUUCUGGAGAUAGCAGUUUAACAGACUCUGAGGUUGAUAGAGACCUCACUAAAUUAUCUUUAGCUGCAUAUGCCAAGAGCAUCAAUUUUUCCAUGGAUUCGAGCCAAGAAAUUUCAGUAGAUCAUAACAGAUGUGACAUUAAAAGGAAAGUGAAAGGUGCUGUAAGAUCGUCGAGCAGUAUCCAGAGCAGCAAGUCUCCCUGUGAUAGUCUUGACAAUCAAGUCAUCAUCAUUUCAGAUUCCUCUGAUGGAGAAGAAAACGUGCCUCUUGUCGAACAAGCACCAAAAGAAAAUGAAGUUGAAUGUCCGGAAAAAAAGCCUUUAACACCCAGCUGCAUUUCUGAGAGUGAGACGAAAAAUGAAUUGAAGACUCCCAGCUCGCCCUUGUUGCAAGAGGAAUGUGGCUCUCAGUACUUUGAGUUUGAAACAGAAGAUGAAGUCUUCUCGGUUUGGCAAGAUACUCAGCUGUAUGCUAUAGAGAAGACUCAAGAAUAUAAAACAGAUCGUGUUUCAACAUCAGUUGGUAGCAGUGACUCAGACAACAUACUGAGGGAUUAUACAAACGAGUGGGGUUAUGAUACAGAGUACAUAAGUGAUGAUACCAUUGAAAAAGAAGCAAGCAAGGUGGAAGAGCAGAUGGAGAGUCUCGCUCAUCAGAAGGAAGCUGCUAAUACAGAAGAAGCAUCUAGUUCAACUUUACAAGAUUCUAUUAGUAAGGGAAACAAGAAAGAUCAACUGGAGGAUUCUCCAGACAAAAGUGCUGUUGCCAAAGACCUCGUCCCGAGCGCAGAAAUGACUGAACCCAAAGCAUCUGCAUCUAACUUAUCGUUAGCUUCAAAGCUGGCCAUGAAGAAAAACAGCACGAGCCCACGGAUGAACUUAGCAAAAGCUAAGGUGUUGAGAGCUGUUCAAAUGAGUCCUAAAAGAACGCUUCUUAAAACUGCAAAAAGUAAAAAACUUUCUCAAAGUACCUCCAAAACCUCUCAGCCCGGGCGAGCGACGCCCGCUGUGGUUCCUCCGAGGAAGAUUCGGCAGUGUCCUGCACCAACAUCAACUGCAGAAAAACUUGGCCUGAAGAAGGCGCCCCGCAAAGCGUUUGAAUUGUCUCAGCGCUCCUUAGAGAGCGUGGCUCAGCUGCGUAGCUAUGGUAAAGCUGCUGGGAAGGUUGGAACUGCACAGAGACAGAAGACUAAGUUGAUUACUCCCCAGAAUUUGUCGGUAAAAAAUAAUAAAAAAAUGUUAGCCUGCCAAGAUCUGCAGUUUUUAAGGCAGACACGGCCCAAACACAGCGUCAGAGGGAAAAAUCUUGCAGGAAGUUCUGAGGGUAGAAGCAAAAAGGUGAGCAAAGCGGGUGCAAAAUCUGUGGAACAAAAGCCGAAAAGUUUUGGCUUGACGUCGGUUGAAGGAGCUGUUGAAAACCAAGGGGGAAGAAAAAUGGAGCAGACUUUUGGUCCCUCAACCAGUGAGAGAAAACGAAUCGGAGAUGGCCCUAUGGAGAAGGAGGGAAUCCAGACUGCACAUGUCUCUAAAGCACCAUUUUUUUCAGACUCGAGCAGAAAAACGAAAGAAAACAACAUGAUGGUUUCUCCUGUACCUAUGGAUUUGUCUCCCUGUUCUGCUGCAGCUGCUGAAGAUGAUACAGAUAAACCUUCAGAGAGAGGUGAUGUUGUCCAGUCUAGUUUUGAGAAGACAACUUCAAAAGAAAACUGGUGUAAAUCAAAUGAUAAUAGUGGUGAGGACGACGACGAUGAUGAUUUAUUUUUAACUCAGUUAGAUCCUGUGGAUAUGGAAUUAUGUUCCCAAGAAGAAGGUGAUGGAGAAAUAACUAUAGCUAGUAAACCAACGGAAAUGGAAAUAGAUGCUGCUGAAAACCUUGAGCAGAACAAACAGUUGAGUAUUGUGACUUGUAAGUACAAAGACUGUACGGAAAAAGUGGAAAGAGUAGGGGAGUAUUGCAGUAAGCAUUCAACUGCCAGCUCAGAAAAAGACAAUUUGUUUGUCAAGCCUUUGUUGCCACCUUCUAAGACAAGAAAACCUUCCACUACCAAAAUUUUUAGCUCAGUAAGUUCUUCCCGGAAUGCAGCCUUCACCAAAGAUCUUGAAGAUGUUAAAAAACCCCUGCCAGCUUCAAAGAGCAAAGUGAAUGCAGAGAGACCUGUGGCAUUCAGACCACCACCUGCAAAGGCUCUACCAUCAGCAAAUCAAGUAUGCAAAACCCCAAGAUUCAGUAAUGCUCCUCAGCCCUAUGUUUCCAGUAAUGUUCUCCAGCCACAAAAUAUACAGAAUGCUUCAAACAUUCCCAGACGACCUGUCAGAGAAGAAUAUUCCUCCUUCCUUGGAGCUCAGCAGCAUGAUAAUAGUAUUUUUGUUAAGGAAGUCCUCAAGUGGACUUAUGAAAUGUUUGCAAACUUCAGGAAGUUUGGACCUCCGGAUAGUCUCCUGCAAUCUGUAGUGGUCUCUGUUCCCGUCAGCUUCCAGGGAUACAAUGACUAUUUUCAUACGUUUUUCCCCUUGAUGAUGCUAAAUGCCUUUGAAACACUGGUCCAAGACUGGUUAGAAAGCCAGAGAAUGAAAGAGAGGAGUUACUACUUCCAGCUGCAAAACUUCAGUGCUGACUUGAAUCGAGCCGAUUUUACAGCUCAUAUUCGAGAAAGUGAUUUGGCACGACAGCUUCACCCAAAAGAGGAUGAUUUAAUCUUUUUGGAAAUCCAAGAGAGAAAGAACACCUUUGGGGAAGAGAGCGAGGUGGUGAACCACCUAGAGCAGCCUGUGGGGCUUGUGACACGGUUUUCUCGUGCAGCUGGCAGCUCAGCUAGACAAAACGAGCAGCAUCUUGUCUGUCAUCUCUCUGUGCAAACUCGAAGCAAUUUGUCAUUAUUCAUUAACAAGAAAGUGAAAUGCGUGGUGGUCGGCUCCCUAGUAACCACGCAGCGAAUGUUCAAAGGUCUCCUGCUACUGAGCAGGAGUCCCCUGGCUAGAGCCAUCAUCAACCCAAAUUACAAUGACUUCUAUCCCAGAGAUAUGCCGUUAUCUGCAGAAAGUGAUGUUCAUAUGAAAGACUACAAUAAAGAUCAGAAGAGAGCCAUCAGCACUGCUUAUGCCAUUGUAAAACAGCAUCCAACAGUUCCCAAGAUCUGCCUCAUACACGGACCGCCUGGAACAGGGAAAUCAAAAACCAUUGUUGGGCUUCUGUCUCGUGUUUUGAGAGAGAACGCUAGGAAUGAGAAAACAACUCAAAAACCAAAUUCCAAGAUCAAGCCGAACCGCUUUUUAGUUUGUGCACCAUCCAAUGCUGCUGUUGAUGAACUCAUGAAAAAGAUCAUCAUUGAAUUUAAGGAAAAGUGCCAAAACAGACAGGAACCCUUGGGAAACUGUGGUGACAUCCAGUUAGUGCGACUGGGUGCAGAAAAAUCCAUCAGCAGUGAAGUACGUGGAUUUAGCCUGGAUAAGCAAGUUGAACACAGAAUGAAGCGAAAACUACCUAACCGUGACCAGGAUAUUCAGAAGAGGAAAGAAGCUCUAGAUCAAAAGCUGGACAUGCUGUCCCGUCAACGUGCCAGGCAUAGAUGUGAGAAGAGGGAGAAUCAACUGUUAGAUGAUGAAAUUGGCAGACUUUCGAAGGAGAGACAGCAACUUGCUUCUCAACUGAAGGAGGUUCGAGGGUGCUCCCAGAAGAUACAGGCAGAUAUUCUCUUGGAGUCCGACAUCAUCUGCUGCACCCUGAGCACGAGCGGAGGGAUCCUGCUGAAAUCUGCUUUUAGUCGGCAAGGACUCGAUCCCUUCAGCUGUGUCAUUGUGGAUGAGGCAGGACAGUCCUGUGAGGUUGAAACACUCAUUCCACUGAUUCAUCGCUGUAAUAAACUUGUUCUUGUUGGAGAUCCUAAACAACUCCCUCCUACUGUAAAAUCACAGAAAGCUCAGGACUAUGGCUAUGAUCAGUCCUUGAUGGCACGUCUGCACAGGCACCUGGAGAGACAAGUGCAGCAGAAUAUUUGCAGCAGCCUGCCUGUUGUGCAGCUGACUGUGCAGUACAGGAUGCACCCUGAUAUCUGCCUCUUCCCAUCCAGUUACAUUUAUGGCAGGACCCUGAAGACUGACAAAGCAACAGAAGAGAACAGAUGUUCCUCAGAAUGGCCUUUCCAGCCUUACCUGAUUUUUGAUGUAAGAGAUGGUCGUGAGGAGAGAGACAACGACUCUUUUAGUAAUCCCCAAGAAGUUAAACUGGUGAUAGAAUUAAUUAAAGCAAUUAAAGAAAAAAAGAAGGAUUUUGGUCUUCGUCAGAUUGGAAUAAUUACCCCUUACAGCGCACAGAAAAAGAAAAUUCAAGAAGAACUAGAGAGAGUGUUUAAGAACAACAGCUCGGGGGAAGUGGACACCGUGGAUGCCUUCCAGGGCCGGGAGAAGGACUGCAUCAUCGUGACGUGUGUCCGGGCCAACAGCAGUAAAGGCUCCAUUGGGUUUCUGGCAAGUCUUCAGCGCCUGAAUGUUACAAUUACCCGGGCCAGGUUCAGCCUCUUCAUUCUUGGAAGACUAGAAACACUCAUGGAAAAUGAAGACUGGAACAAGUUGAUUCAGGAUGCUGAGAAAAGAGGUGCCAUUAUCAAGACUUUGGAGAAGAGCUACAAGAAAGAUGCUGCCAAGAUUCUGAAGCUCAAGCCACCAGUCCCAAAACCCCCUGGGCGGCCUCCAACAAGAGCGGGGCCCGAGAAAGCUCCUCCAGUGCCAGCUCAUCCUCCAGUGCCAGCCCAUCCUCCUGGUGGCAGGAGGGACGAGCUCCCAAACCCCAAGGAGAGCAGCCACCCGUGGGCACUCUGUGCUGCUGCCAGCCCUGCAGCAUCGCAGGGAGGCCGAGGGCCGCAGCAGCCCCAGGGGCCUCACGCUGUGGACUCCAGAAGGGCCUCGGUUUCCACCCCAGCAGAGGCUCCAGCACAGGCUGCUGAUCGAGAGAGACCCCGGGACCCCAGACUGGCCAGCAGAGCAGAGACGAAAGGCAAGGAGCAGGUCUCAAAAGACAGCAAGCAGUCAGCUCAGGGCAAUCUGGCAGCAACAGCAGCUCAACAACAACAGCAACAGAGCCCAGAAGCAUCCGCCGCUGCCAGGGCUCAGCUUCCCAAGACAGAAACCUCCAAGAGGCCCCAACAAACAACAGGGAAAUUCAGCCUCCCUUGCAUGUCAUCCUCUUUUGCAGCUCAGCAGGAGAACGACUGGAGAGCCGCUUCGUCCAAAAAUGAUUCCAAAGCCCACAGUGGAAGUCAAAGUAGUAGCAGUAAGUGCAGCAAAGAUAAAGACUAUAAUUUUGCAACCAGGAAAGCAUCAGAGGAAUCACCAGAUAGGAAAGACUUGAUCAGUGCCAAGCGAAGAAAGACCUUUCACUGACUGGAAUGUCUUUAGUAUUGGCCCAUUACUCAAAAUCCAUCCCCAGAUUUCUGUCUAGCAAGGACUUCAUUUUAAGAUCAUUCAUACACCUGGAACUCCCUGAUUUUGAUACUUCUACAAUCAGUAGAUUGAUCUUUUUCCCAUCCUGUCACUAAUGGCAAAGAGACUUUAUAGAUGAGAGUUGAUAACUUUGAGCUUUUGAACAGAAAAGUUGAGUUAGCUGCAUUGCUCGGAAGGGCAGUGAAUUUUGUCACCUAGGAAGUUGAGAUUGUAAAUGUUUAAUGAUGUAUAUUUGUACAGUACAAAAUUAUUUUAAGACUUGAUUUGGCAGGUCCGUAGCUGCUUGUUUCCUUGUGCAAAUGCUAAUUUCAUAGUGAUGUAAUUUUUUU